AUGGAACAGAAACACGUGUUUGCAUUGAGUGUCGGAGUUGGAUUGGGGGUGGGACUUGGAUUGAGCACAGGUCAGGCUGUUCAAAAAUGGGUGAGAGGAAGCUGUGAGUCUGAUGAGAUUUCUGGGGAGCAAAUUGUGCUGGAGCUCAACAAUAAAGUCAUUGAAGGGAAGAACAGUAAAACCACAUUUAGUGACUUUCCUUAUUACUUAAGUGAAAGAGUCCGAUUUUCGUUAACGAGUGCGGGAUAUGUUUAUUUAAAACAAGACUUUUCCAAGCACAUGAGGAACCUAUGUCCAGCAAGCAGAGCUAUUUUACUUUCUGGACCUGCAGAACUCUAUCAGCAAAAGCUUGCCCAAGCUUUAGCUCAUUACUUUGGAUCGAAGUUACUGUUGCUAGACAUUACUGACUUCUCGUUGGAGAUGCAGAGGAAAUAUGGAUGUCGCAGAAAAGAACCAUAUUUUAAAAGGUCCGUUUCUGAGGUGACUUUGGAGCGAGUCUCUGGUUUGUUUGGGUCCUUGUCAAUCCUUCCUUCAAUUGGCAGAACCAGAGGUACACUAAUUCGACAGAAUAGUGAAAUUGAAAAUCCCCGCAAUCCUUUGAAACUUUGUAGGAAUUCCUCUACUGCAUGUGAUACGAUUAGUUCUUCUCAACGUGAAUCAGAUCCAGCUCUUUUGAAGUGGACAAGCGGCUUCUGUUUUGAUGAAAAGAUCUUCGUCUUGGUUUCUAUCUCAGAAACCAGUUCCAUUAUUUUAUACAUCAAGGAUGUUGAGAAGAUCUUUGUUCGAUCACCAAGGCUACACAAUUUGUUCCAAAAAUUCAUAAAGAAACUUUCAGGAUCAGUGUUAAUACUCGGUUCCCAGAUAUUUGAUUCUGAAGAUGAUACAGAAAUUGAUGACAAGCUCACAAUGUUAUUCCCUUACACUAUUGAGAUCCAACCACCUCAGGAUGAAAUCUAUCUUGCAAGCUGGAAAACCAAACUGAAAGAGGACAUGAAAACAAUUCUGUUUCAAGAUAGCAGAAACCACAUUGCAGAAGUACUUGCAGCAAGUGACAUUGAUUGUGAUGACUUGAAUUCAGUCUGCCAUGCUGACACUAUGCUACUCAGUAAUUGCAUUGAAGAGAUUGUGGCAUCUGCAGUUUCUCACCACCUCAUGGUGACUAAAGAUCCAGAAUACAAAAAUGGAAAAUUAGUUAUAUCAGCCAAAAGUUUGUCCCAUGUAUUGAGUUUGUUCCAGGAAAGUGAAAGUAAUUCGGAGACUAAAGAUUCAAACAAGGAAGUUUCUUCGGACAACGAGUAUGAGAAGCGCAUGAGAGCAGAAGUUGUGCCUGCAAAAGAGAUAGGAGUUAGAUUUGAAGAUAUUGGUGCAUUGGAUGAUAUCAAAGAAUUACUUCAAAAUGAGGUCCUGCUACCCUUCAAAAGACCAGAAUUAUUUAAAGGUGGGCUUUUGAAGCCUUAUAAAGGUAUAUUGCUUUUUGGGCCUCCUGGUACAGGAAAAACAAUGCUUGCAAAAGCAAUUGCAAAUGAAGCUGGAGCAAGUUUCAUUAAUGUCUCAAUCUCGAACAUCACUUCAAAGUGGUUUGGAGAAGAUGAAAAGAAUGUCCGAGCUCUGUUUUCACUAGCAGCAAAGGUUGCUCCAACUAUUAUUUUUAUUGACGAGGUUGAUAGCAUGCUUGGGCAGCGGACUCAAUCUGGAGAGCAUGAGGCAAUGAGAAAGAUUAAAAAUGAAUUCAUGGUCCACUGGGAUGGGCUAUUGUCAAAACCUGGUAAGCGAAUUCUGGUUCUUGCUGCGACAAACAGGCCAUAUGACCUUGAUGAAGCGAUUAUAAGACGGUUUGAGCGCAGGAUCAUGGUUGGUAUUCCAUCUGCUGAGAACAGGGAAAUGAUCUUGAAAACAAUCCUAGCUCAGGAAAAAUGUGAAAAUAUUGACUUUAAAGAGCUUUCAAUCAUGACAGAAGGAUAUACUGGAAGUGAUCUUAAGAAUUUGUGCACGGCUGCUGCUUAUCGACCUGUUAGAGAGCUACUACAACAGGAGAGGUUGAAGGAAAAAGAAAAGAAGGAAAAGGAGGGAGAAGUUCAAGGCUCAGAAAAUGCUUCUGAUGCUAAAGAAGAUGAAAAACACCAAGUCAUUACAUUGAGGCCUUUAAUCAUGGAAGACAUGAGACAGGCAAAGAGUCAGGUGAAUGCUAGCUUUGCAGCAGAAGGAUCAAUAAUGAGUGAGCUGGAGGAGUGGAAUGAUUUAUUUGGAGAAGGAGCUUCAAGGAAGAAGCAGCAGGAGCAGCUUACUUAUUUUAUUUAG